AUGUCAUCUACCAGUGCUAUUCAUGACCCACUGGAGAUAAACCUAUCCCGGCAAACUCGACACUUACUCUCAAUUAUUCCUUCCGAAUCCGAGUAUGCUGAGGCCAUAAAAAACGCGUCUACAACGCGCGAAUUUCUCGCGACACUCUCAAGGCUUUUAACCGUUCCCGCCUACACACAACUGAUAGCAACGUACUACCGACCUAUUCUACUCGAUCUGUGUGCCCGAUGGAUAGAGGUUGAUGAUAGCAAAGAAGAGCAGCUCGUAGCGCUGUGUCUCCUUUUGGAGGUUCAUGAAGAGCUCUUUCCCAUUUUAUACGAAAUCCUUUGCACGUCGUACAAAGAGGGCCCUCUUUCCUUCAUUAACGAAACACCCUCACUCUUAUCAAUAAACGUCGCCCGCCUACACUGGCUCCUUCUCGCGUAUUACCGAAUUUUGCAAGCAAAUCGUGAGCUUCCGCAGCAGCUUUCUUGGCCUCUGGCACCGUUAUCUAGGAUAAUAUGGAUGCCUCAUCUUGACAAUGCCGCACGACUGUUAUCAAUACGUUGUUACGCACUACAAAGUGGCAUGGGAGAGGAGGAGAGAGAGAAGUUGGAGAGAGAAGUGCUAGGGGAGCCGUGUGGGGUUGACUGCUUGUUGGGUUAUGGUCAGAAUGAGGAUGGAUCUGAAAAGAACGUGGAUGGAUGGAUCAUGCCCGUAAUUGAGGUACGGAGGAUUCAGGAAGAAAGAGACUCUAUUCACGAGUCCUCCCUCAUACCGACGCCAACAUCAAUCCAAGGGCUCCAGUCUCUCGCUCUGCAUGUUUCCCUCCGCAUACCUACCCUCAUGACAUCUUCGCCAUCCGCCGGAAAAGCUCUCUUACUCUCCCAUCUUGCCGGUCUCCUUCAUUCAUCCAGGAAUCACAUCAUUACUAUUCAUCUCGCGGACACCUCCUUAGAUCCACGGGCAUUGUUGGGUUCAUAUGUUUCUUCAACAACCCGAUCUGGUACAUUUGAGUGGAAGGAGGGAGUUCUAGUGCGUUCCAUGCGGGAAGGGAAAUGGGUUGUUUUUGAGGAUAUUGACCGGGGGAGUAGUGAAGUUCUGGGGGUGAUCAAGCCGCUUGUGGAGUCUUUGCGUGCCGGUAAAUGGAUUGGUGGUUGUGCCUCCCUCAACAUCCCCAGCCGUGGCCGGGUCGUCGCGCAUCACGACUUCAUGAUAUUCGCGACGAGGUCCUCUUUACCGUCUCAACAUGGAAUCUUUCCAAAACCCAGUUUUUUUGGAGCGCACAAAUUCCAUGAAAUUGUACUGCAGUCACCAACAACCCAAGAAUUGCAGACAAUAAUAGACUCUCGAUUUCCGCGACUUGCUGGGAGUGCCGCCCAAGCUAUCAUACGUCUUUGCGAUUCGGUCCAGCGACUUGGUUCAUCAGCUUCAGCACCCGAGGUCGGCUUACGACAAGUUCUCAAAUUUUGUAUGCGGAUUGACAGACUCUUGCCUCCGUCACACCGACCAAUGUGCGUUGUAACGGAUGAGACAUCAGUACCAUCACUUUCGGCCAUUUUCACCAAUCCAACUCUUCGUGAAGACAUGUAUUUGGAAGCCCGUGAUGUGUUUUUUGGAGCAGGAGCGUCGACAACAUCAGCACGAGCUCAUAUUGAGGCAGUCGCAAACAUAAUUGGUGAACAUCUUGGGUUGGAUUCCGACCGGCGCCAGUGGAUCCUCUUUGGAAGGACACCAGAAUUCGAGGUUGAGAAAGACAUUAACGGACGGACGACUGCAUUGUGCAUAGGCCGUACAUACCUUCAGGCUCGCCAGGGAAAAUCGGAAAUCUCACCAUCGAUACCACGCCCAUUUGCAAUGCACAAACCAGCUAUUUUGUUGCUUUCCAGGAUAGCCACAGCUGUCGCCCUUGGGGAACCUGUUCUUUUGACCGGAGAAACUGGUACCGGGAAAACCAGCGUCAUAACACAUCUUGCAACACUGUUGCAUCGACCUUUGAUUUCGUUGAACUUGUCGCAUCAAACUGAAUCUUCGGAUCUGAUAGGUGGUCUCAAGCCGGUGGAUGCAAGAAUUCCAGGUUCUAUCCUGCAGGAAAAGUUUUUGGAGCUAUUUGGGGCUACGUUUAGCAGGAGGAAGAAUGAAAAGUUUGAAGUGGAAGUUAGAAAGGCUGUCAAUGAGGCGAAGUGGAAACGAGCGGUGGGCCUGUGGAAGGAAAGUACGAGAUUGGCACAAGAACGAGUCGUUUCUCGGGAAAUAGACCUAGAAACCCCAAGAAAGCGACGAAAAGUUGAGCAAGACAUGAAAACUUCUUCUGAAGAGGGAUGGAUAGCCUUCCUGCGCGAUGUGGAGGAAUUUGAAGUCCAACAUGUCCAUGGAAAAGGAAAAUUUGCAUUUGGUUUCGUUGAGGGACCACUUGUGAAAGCUUUGAGGUCAGGGGAAUGGAUUUUACUAGAUGAGAUCAACCUUGCAAGUCCAGAAACGCUUGAAUGCAUAUCUGGGCUUCUUCACGGUCCCACAGCGUCGAUCACCCUCUCUGAGCAGGGCUCGCUUGAACCUGUUCCUAGGCACCCUGAUUUCCGUUUGUUCGCUUGUAUGAAUCCUGCAACAGAUGUGGGAAAGAAGGAUCUACCACCUAAUAUCCGAUCCCGCUUCACCGAAAUCGAUGUCCCUCCUCCUGACGCAGACAAGGAGACGCUGCUGAGCAUCAUUACACAAUACAUAGGACCUAAUGUUGUCGGAGACAAAGGGGUCAUCAUGAACAUCGCCGAGUUCUAUGUCGCAGUCAAAGAACUCUCAGAAAAGCGGCAGAUUGCAGACGGUGCCAAUCACAGACCCCACUUCAGCAUGCGUACUUUGGCGAGGGCAUUGACAUUUGCAGCCGAGACGGCGAGUUCUUACAGCUUGAGGCGAUCGGUAUGGGAAGGCUGCUUGAUGGCAUUCACAAUGGUUUUGGAUUCGGCCAGCGCCGAACUGGUCACAAGUUUGGCUCGCAAGCACUUGUUGGUGGGUGUGCGGAAUCCAAAAUCAAUGUUGACGAAAGAUCCAAACCCACCCAGUCCUCCAGACAAUUAUGUCAAAUUCGGACCCUUCUAUCUUGAGAAGGGGCCCCUUCCUGAAGAUCCCGUCGACAACUACAUCAUGACCCCCUCCGUCCACAGAAAACUUAUUGACCUUGCGCGGAUAAUUUUGACACGUCGCUUUCCCAUCCUUAUCGAGGGUCCGACUUCUAGUGGCAAGACAAGCUCAGUCGAAUACCUUGCGAAACGAACAGGCCAUCAUUUUGUACGCAUCAACAAUCAUGACCAUACAGACAUUCAAGAGUACAUUGGCUCAUAUGUAUCCGAUCCUUCAACAGGAAAGUUGGUCUUCAAAGAUGGUCUCCUUGUCCAAGCGCUUCGUAACGGACAUUGGAUUGUCCUCGAUGAGCUCAAUCUGGCACCAACCGAUGUUUUGGAGGCAUUGAAUCGUUUGCUUGACGAUAAUCGCGAAUUGGUCAUCCCAGAAACGCAGGAAGUCGUCAGACCUCAUCCCCAUUUCAUGAUUUUUGCAACCCAGAAUCCGCCAGGGCUCUAUGCUGGAAGAAAAGUUCUAUCACGCGCUUUUCGCAACCGCUUCCUUGAAGUCCAUUUCGAAGAUGUCCCUCAGACAGAGCUGGAAACAAUUCUUUGUCAACGAUGUCAAAUAGCCCCAUCGUAUGGCAAAAAAAUUGUUAGUGUCUUUCAUGAGCUUCAGAAACGUCGUCAAGCAGGACGUGUCUUUGAGAGUAAACAGGGCUUCGCCACACUUCGUGACCUCUUUCGAUGGGCUGGGAGAGACGCUGUUGGCUAUCAGGAGCUGGCUGAGAACGGAUAUAUGUUACUGGCAGAGCGAACUAGACGUGAUGACGACAAGGUUGUUGUCAAGGAAGUGAUAGAAUCAAUCAUGGGGGUCAAAAUCGACGAGGCUGUCAUGUACAACUUACAAAGGCCAGACGUUGAUAUGCUGUCUUAUCUCGGUUGUCCAACUCCUUUCUCGUCCGCCAUCGUUUGGACGAAGGCAAUGCAGCGUUUGUUUGUCUUGACCUGCAGAGCGCUCAAGUUCAAUGAGCCUGUCCUUCUCGUUGGGGAGACUGGUUCUGGGAAAACAUCUGUAUGCCAAGUGUACGCCGACAUCACCUCGCAACAUUUACAUGGUAUUAAUUGUCAUCAAAAUACCGAGACUGCGGACUUGAUUGGGGGACUUAGGCCAGUCCGCAACCGGCAUGCAGCAGAGACCAAGGCCAUGGAAGAAGCUGUUUCCGCAUUACAAGGCGAAGGCAUCUCCAACAUUCCUCCGACAUUCGAAGCCAUAUCACAUGCACUGGUACAAGCAUUGAAGGAUUCUUCUGGCUUAACCACACAAGCGCGUUCUCAUCUGGAAGGCAUCUAUCAGAGAGUCUCGCACCUUCAAUCGAUAUUUGAGUGGCAAGAUGGGCCCCUUAUCCACUCCAUGCGAAAUGGCGAUGUCUUCUUGCUCGACGAAAUAUCGCUGGCGGAUGACUCGGUUCUCGAGCGUCUCAACAGCGUCCUUGAACCUGAUCGUACGAUUGUUCUGGCCGAACGUGGGGGAGAUAAUUUUGAACUUCCCACCAUCCAAGCAUCCACCGACUUUAAACUUGUUGCCACGAUGAAUCCAGGCGGCGAUUAUGGAAAGAAGGAACUUUCUCCAGCCCUUCGCAAUCGCUUUACAGAAAUCUGGGUUCCUCGAGUUGACGAUCGCGAUGAUCUGGAACUUAUUGUUGGUAGUUUGUGGCAGCACGAGCACCUUCGUAAGUUCACUGCAUCCAUUUUGGAUUUUGUGGACUGGCUGUGCAUGUAUGUGAAUGAUCGCUCGCUCAUAAGUCUUCGAGACAUUCUUGCCUGGGUUGCAUUCACCAAUGCCGCGUACAAGUCGGAAACGUUAGCUAGUAUACCUCCCGAUGAAAUCUACCAUCAUGCCGUGCAUAUGACCUACCUGGACGGGCUCAGUUCCCUUCCCCAGCUGUCAGGAUACUCUGCUGAGGCCCUGAUACGACUCAAACAGGAUGCAAUGACUAAACUUCAUGAGCUCGUUCCUCUCCAGGAGUCUCUUUCUUCGACGGUUCCGAUCCAUAACCAGGAGCAAUUUGUGCAGUUCGGCAGCUUUGCAAUCAAGACGGGAUCCAGGCCUCGAGGGCGCCAAUCGUUCAACCUAACAGCGCCCACUUCUAAGGAUAAUGCUAUGCGUCUUGUCAGGGCAUUUCAGGUAUCAAAACCCAUUCUAUUAGAAGGAAGCCCAGGAGUAGGAAAAACAAGUCUUGUUACGGCCCUAGCUGAUGUCUCUGGUCACCACCUCUGUCGUAUAAACCUUUCUGAUCAGACUGACCUCAUUGACCUUUUCGGUUCUGAUCUUCCGGUGGAAGGUGGUUCACCUGGAGAGUUUGCUUGGAAAGAUGCGGAAUUUCUCAAAGCAUUGCAAGAAGGGCAUUGGGUUCUUCUAGACGAGAUGAAUCUGGCUCCCCAGUCGGUGUUGGAAGGCUUAAAUGCCGUCUUGGAUCAUCGUGGGACGGUCUACAUCCCGGAGCUUGGUCGGUCAUUCACAUGUCAUCCUUCUUUCCGCAUUUUUGCUGCCCAAAAUCCGCUCAAUCAAGGUGGUGGUCGCAAAGGUCUCCCAAAGUCCUUCGUGAACCGCUUUACUAAGGUGUAUAUCCAAGAGCUCUCUCCUGAUGACCUCUUUAUAGUCUGUCAACAUCUAUUCCCCGAUAUUGAAGAGAAAACGCUCCGCUCCAUGAUUUCUUAUAAUAUUCAGCUCAAUCAACAGGUCAGCGUCCAGCGCACCUUCGCUCGUGAAGGGUCCCCAUGGGAGUUCAAUUUACGAGACGUCAUACGUUGGGGAAUCCUUCUGGGUGCACCCCAUCCCCGAAAACCUCUAGCGUAUCUGCGCAGCGUUUACCUCCAUCGCUUUCGGACGAUUCAAGAUCGCUCUGAAGCCCAGCGCAUCUUCAACGCAGUUUUUUCUGCGGACUCCUGCGAGGUCGAAGACGCGCCUGGAUGGACCAUUUCAGCCACUCACAUCCAAAUUGGUCAUGCCAUAUUGAAACGUCGGAAUAUGGCUCCUCAUCGUCGGCCUGGCCGAGUUUUGAAGAGUCAACUAUCUGCAUUGGAAUCCCUGGGCAAUUGCAUUUCAAAAUCUUGGCUUGCUAUCUUGGCAGGUGAACGGGAAAGUGGCAAAACAGAUCUUGUUCGUACCCUAGCAGAUUUAAGUGGAAAUUCCUUAUGGGAAAUUUCUAUUAAUAGUGCGACGGACACUAUGGAUCUACUUGGUAGCUUCGAACAACUUGAUAUUCGUGGGCGGAUGCUUUCCAUUGUCGACGAGGUCGCUAAUGCCCAAACCCGCGCACAGACUGCGGCGUUAGACAUUCGAGAUUUACUUCAAGCAGCCUCUCUUCUUCUCUCCGAACUAAUUAAGUCAACCUCUGACGGAGGAGACCACUAUCUAGUGCUGCAGGGUAAAGUCCAGGAACUUUCUUUGGCCUCAGAUACCGCUUGCCGCUUCGAAUGGGUUGAUGGUCCCCUCAUAAGAGCAAUGAAGGAAGGCCGGUGGAUCCUCAUGGACGACGCUAACCUAUGUAGUCCCUCUGUGCUUGACCGGUUGAACUCCCUCUGCGAGCCCGAUGGCUGCCUGACUCUCAGCGAAAGAGGGUUCGUCAGUGGAGAGGUCCAAAUUAUUAAACCCCAUCCGAAUUUUAGGUUGUUCAUGUCUGUAGAUCCACACUAUGGCGAGCUCUCGCGAGCAAUGCGCAAUCGUGGGAUGGAAAUUGCACUAUUAUCGAGGCUUGCUGCAGAUGAUUGCGUAAUUUUAUGCGACCACCUUCGGCUACCAUUAUCUUAUGCUACACCUGAAAAGUCGUCAAGCCAGUUGGUUCUGUUCGAUGCAACUCGACGAGGAUUAUUGACAAACACUGCUUGUGGUCUCCGUUCAAUUGCCUCCACUGGCCGCAGUCUAGAUCAGCAUUCCGCCCUCUCCAGUUUAGUGGAUCAUGCACCGAUGCUUGCCCUUUCGGCACUUGCAGAGCCUCUCGACUCUAUCGUCUUUUUCCUAUGCCGCUGUCUCACCCCCAACUACAUAGUCCAUUUCAACCGACAUUUAGACGCAUUUCGGGAGAGUAAUGGUCUCGCGGGUGUUCUUCAAAACCUUCUUAAAAGCUUCCCAUCAGCUGCGCUUUCAAGAGUUCUCAGUCAGUUCAGGACUACACUCGCCAGUCAAAACGGAGUUCCCUUGGAUUUCGUUUUAGCGCAGCGUUCAUGGACUAUCCCCGACAUACUUGCCGUCAACGGGAUGGGGCAGAGUGCCUUAAAGCAGAUCCAAGAAAUUUUAGAAGCAAUUCAAUCUGUCGGAUAUAAAAUAUUGGAAGAUUUAGUGGACGCCAAAGUGGCGAUAGCUGUUUUGACAUAUGGUCGACACUUGCGCGGGGCUGUGGACGCAGGGGCUUUCGAUUUCUCUGCUGUCCACGCGAUCUUAGGAUGGCUAAAGGAUUCGCUAGAUGAUCAUCCCCCUUCUCUUGGGCCUCUAUUUAUUGCCGUCCAGACUCUUAACGAGAUCGUAUCACUCUCAACGGGAUUUGGAUUGAUUGAUAUGUGGUCAAACUUUUAUAUGCGCAAUCUGCCAGCAACAGCUCGGGCGGAGUUGAAGAAAGUCGAAGAAUUUUCUUGCCACAUGGAGGAAUCAUUCAAGGUUAUGGCAUUGGUCGCUUUAACUACUGUGCAAACUCAGGACAUACAUGUAUCUGAAAUCGUGGAUCUCAAGACAAUCUUAGAACGUGUCAGUAUGUGGAUAUCAACCCGCUCAGAAGGAUGGCUUGCUCAAAUUAUAAAGCUUCACAUGCUCAAAGAAGUAAUUGAUCUAGCUUGCGAAAGUAUGAGGGUCCCACUGCUUCGACUGGUUCCAUACCAACACCUCCUAUGGACAUUAGAGACCAGGAAAGCGGUACAAGCUCAAAUUUCUUACUUGGAAGGACUUUGGAGUGCGCGGCCCUCUGACUGUUUUGGGGCUUUACCACUCCUCCAGCCAACGCACCUGCACGCCGCCAUCUCAGCAUGCGACUUGACUUCGGUACCGCUAAUUCGUUUGGAUAAUUACGAAAAAGAAGUCCGUCGUCAGGUCCGUAUUGCCAUCUUCCAAUGCGAAUCUGACCGAAGCCGCCUUGGACAAUUACAAAGGCUUUUCUAUCAAUCACUCCGGUCUCUUGUCAUUCAAUUAGACUCGAUUGGUGGCCUCUUGUCCCUCUUGGAGCAGUCCAGCAACCCUCCUCUCGUAGCAGCAAUCGUCAAGUUUCUUCGACCGCUUCUCGAUCAAUGGUCCGACCGCGAUCCUAUCUCGAACCUUGGGUUGUGUUGGAUCGCACUCAGUCAAUUGCUAUUCGACCUACUCAUCCCAAACUCCCCCGUUGAUCCUGCUGCCAUCCAGAUGUGUACUGUUGAUCGAUUACGUCAAGAUGAGGCCGACUUGUUGUCUCAAAUAAAGCUCCACAGGCAACUCGAAGAACUCACGACAGGAAACAGAAACAACGGUGUCCUCGUCCACCUUGAAAAGUGCAAGGAAGAUAUCCGUGCCCAGUUAAAUAAUGUGCCGGCCCUCCCGCCUCGCAAGAGUGUUAUUCGUCUCCGCCAAUUUUGGUCGGAGGUUUCGCAGUUUCGAAGUAGCGUCACCUCCACUCCAAGGGUUGAGAGCAUUCUUGAAUUAGCGAAGAAUGGAGAUAGCAUCGCAGCUCCUCGUGAACGGGUGAUUCAAGAGUCAUUAGCUAGCUUCUACCAGCGGCUAGACAGCGCGUAUGAUGAAUUUGCAGAUAUCAAUAUCCUUCUCAAGCUUGGCAUUCUUCAACUUAGACUUGGACUUCAUCUUGUCGUUCAAAAUUCAAGAAUCUCGCAAACAAGAAAGGACCCCACAUCCCAUCUGGUAUCAUCGUUGGUUGCAUUCCCUUCGGUCCGUAGUGCCGCGCUUAUUCUGGCGACCUCGACCACUGCGGGACAAUCAAGGACUUCAGCUUUUCGCCACAUUUUGCUCGGCCUAGCAGCGAUUUCAAUGGAAAAGUUCAUUGGCAUUGAAAUGGCACAACAAACCCAGCUGAUUGAAUCAUACUAUGAACAAGCAUUCAGACUUUGGCUCAUAGACCGCACCAAGGACAAAGAGAUGGAUGAAGCCUCUCGGUCCUUAUAUCGUCACACUACCCUCGAACAUGACGCUGUGGGCGACGCGGAAUUGGAGGAACAAGAAUUUCUGUCCUUGUUCCCUGCUUUCGAGGACAUCCUGGAACAGCCUUCUUUGACCAACACCCAGCAAAAGCCCCAACAACCCGAAUUUGUGUUGGAUCCCGAGAUGCCCUUGCUGCUGGCAAUCCAUCAUGACUUGUUAAAGCAUCCUCAAACAGCCAACGGUUCGACCUCUCUGCAACAUUGUAAAUUUACUCGAAUCAGACAGUCAAUGGUCGAUUCUCUUGUGAGAUCGCAUCUAGGAGGACUCCCGGAGAGUUUAGAUAUCGAGAGCCUACACUUCCAGCUUUCCCUUCUUCGAAAUCAAUCGAGUGACCUACAGCGAUCUCAAAUCAUGGUAGAUGUGCCCUACAACUUUUACUUGGACCCGAACGUGCAAGAGGAGUGGCCAGAUCAGAUGGUUCUGCGACACCUUGCGGAUCGGUGUGAUAUUGUUCUUAAUUUUGGACUUCAUAGUCCGGUUGCUUUGAUUCUUUCUGCCAUUGAACAACUUCUCCUGCAAACCGAUGACUGGGAGAUGUAUGCCAAUCGUCAAAACACCAUUCAGGUUCAUCGGGAGGCGCUCAUUGCGUUGAUUGUCGAAUGGCGACGCCUCGAAUUGUCAUGUUGGCAAACACUUCUUGAUUCUGAAGCCAAGAAAUCUACGGAAGGUGUAUCUAAGUGGUGGUUUCAGCUAUAUGAUGUGAUUCUGCGUGGCGCCCUCAGCACCUUGGAUCAAUCGACAGAAUCCACAGCAUUCACUCAAUACUUGCACAAUCUUCUUCCGCUCUUAGAAGACUUCAUUGUCAAGAGCCCACUCGGCGAAUUUCUUUCCCGAAUGCAACUUCUUCGCAGCUUCGAACACUUCCUGGCUUAUAUUGGCAACAAUAAAUCAGACCCCCAGCGAUCCGCUUUGCAGCGCAUUGAACAUAUUUUGCACAGCGUUCAUCAAUACUAUAGUCUCUUCUCAUCAGAAAUUCUUACCCACUUGUCUGAGAAAAAGGCUGCGUUGGAAAAAGAGAUCAGAGAUUUCAUCAAGCUUGCAAGUUGGAAGGAUGUUAAUGUGCAGGCCCUGAAGCAAAGUGCUCAACGUACUCACCGCCAUCUGUACAGGAUCGUACGAAAAUUCCGCGAAGUCCUACGGCAGUCAAUCUCAAAUUUUAUCCAACCGCAACUUGCUGGAAUUCCUGAAACCAUUCCUUUGCAUUUCCAGCCACCUUCAUCUUUGUCAUUUGAUCAAACUUGGGCGUCGUCUCCGGCCAACAAUGACCCUGAUGCAACACCAAAUCAUUCUCAUCUUCUGAACAAAACCUACGCGAAGUACUGCCACUUGGUUGCGACACAGAUAAAACCUUUUGUACAGUCUCUCUCAGCUCGAGAAGUGGAUAAUUUCGCGGUUGAAGUCAUAACUACCACGAGAAAGCUCGCUAGUCUAUCCGCGCCCGAAGGUCUUGAAGCGGAGAAGCGCGAAAAAUAUCACAAAGGGUUAUUGGUGCGCAAGAGGAAGGCUUGGAGCGACCUACUCAAGGAGCUCAAAAAGGCGGGAUUAUCGAGCAACCUCAAGCCGGAUGUUUUGACUCAGAAUAUGGAUCCUGUUUGGAUACGGACACAACCACCCUUGUCUGCUACGGAUCCUCAAACUAUUUUGGUCGAGAAUUACUUUGACAAACUUUCUGGGUCCCUUCCAGCCUUGCGCUCCUCGAUCUCCAACCAUCAUGCUGAUCUCACGACACGCGAGCUUCAAAGGGGUGUUAUGUUCGUGGAAUCUGGGUUUUUCAUGGCGAUGGACCUUCGAUCUCGAUUGGCAAAUGCCCUUGAUAUACAUCAACGGCUCCAACGAGUAGCCAGCCGCCUGAGGAUACUCUCUUCUUCCGCCACAGUUGUAACGGGGUCCAAUUUGGGCCAUUAUCUCUCCUGCGUUAAGGCUUUUCUUUGCAGGCUCUCGAGCGCCCUCUCUGACCUCCUACGGGUGGCCGUAACUUUGAAUGAACUUGCGCCGAAGGUAACUAUAGCAGAUGUUCUACUGGAAGAGAUAUCGCUCUUCCUCAGGGAAAGCGAUUCUCUCAAAGCAAAGAUAAUGGAUCUACCGGAUUCAGUGAGAUUAACUGUCAUGCCAGUGCUGUUGCAGGAUGAACUCACACUGGUUUCCGAAGCCUGGGCGCACAUUUCUCGGACGGCGGGCUUGCUUUCGAAAUGGUCAAAGGACGACCCUCGGUUGAACCACCUUAUAAUACCCAUCACCCAGUGGCUCGAGACCCAAGAUUCCCCAGCUAUCUUACCACCAAUGACGGGAUCUUCGUCAAGCUACGAUUGUACGGAGCAACUCAUUAACUCAUUUUUAAUCAGUGUUCAAUCUCUCUUGCCCCACUGCCGAUACCGGCAAAUACGGGACUUUACGCAUCUACUCAGCAUCGAUCGUGUAUUCUCAGCGUUGACGAGCGUUCUUUGCCUUAUUAAGACACAAGACGACCUACGCCUCAACUUGCCCAAGAUCGUCCCGUUUCUCGACGUAUAUAUAUCACUUGUCAACGAUCAAUUGGCGGCCCACAACCACUGGACAAAAGCUCUUCUGAAACUUGACUUCAUUCUAUCUUCUGUGAUGCACACACUUUCCCAUCAGGGUUUCUGCAAGCCGCCCGACUCUGGUGACGCAGAGGCUAAUGGCGAGACCUCGGAAGUGGCUGGCGGAGUAGGCUUAGGAGAUGGGGCUGGUACGGAGAAUGUUAGCAAAGAGAUUGAAGACGAGAGUCAGGUAGAGGGUUUACAAGGUGAGACCCCUGAGAGUCAAGAACCUCAGAGAAAACACGAUGAAGGCGAAGCUAUCGAGAUGAAUGACGAUUUUGGAGGUGAUCUGGAAGACGUGCUCGACAGCGGCUCUGAAGAUGAUGCCGAUCCAAGCGAGGGGAGUGAAGGUGACCCAGACGAGACGCUCGGAAAUCUUGAUGCGUCAGAUCCCUCUGUGCUUGACGAAAAGCUAUGGGGUGACGAAAAAGGUCCAGAUGAUCCAAAACAUGACGAAGAGCAGGCAGACCAGGAUCACUCUAAGCAGCAUGGAGGCAACUCUGAGGUCGUUGCAAAAGAAGGAAAGGCAAGGAAGGAAUCAAAAGAAAAGGAGGGAGAACAAGAAACGGAUGACACGAUGAUGGAAGAUGAACCUGGGUUGGAGGGUGAGGAUGACGGCGCAAACGACCAGAAUGUGAGUGGCGCCCCUAUGGACGACUACGUUCCAGAAGCGAAUACUCUUGACUUGCCGGAUAAUAUGGAAUUGGGAGAGGACGGGGUGGAGCCGGGGGGAGAAGACAAGGAAGAGGAGAUGGGAACGGAGGACGGUGAGGACGAAAAGAUGGAAGAUGGCGAUCUUAGACCCGAGGUUGAGGAAGCUACAGACCAAAACUCAGCGCCAGACGAUAGCUUUGAGUCGCCGGAGGUCCAGAACGAUUCUACAGCAGGCAAAGCAGACGAAAACGAGGAUGACAGGGAGGCUGAAGAGGGGCAAGAAGUCGUCGCGAAACCUGAUAUUUUCGCGGGCGAAGGUGCAGCAGCUGAACAAGAUCAGUCAGCCAAUCCAGACGUUGGCGAAAGUACAACAACUGGGGAAAUGGGAAGUUCUGAGAGCAGGACUGGUCAAUCCUCCACUGCUCAAAACGAAACUGCCAAUGAAGAAGGUAAGGGAGGACAGGCACCGUCGCAGAGUGAGGAACCGCAAGCAUCAAACCCUCUUCGGGAUCUUGGAGACACACUGAAAGAAAUCCGUCAACGCUUCGACGAAAUUCUAAACGGUGAUCAAGACCAAGCUCCUCGUGAACGUAUUGAUGUUGGUGACGGCCAAUCCCAGCUUGAAUACCUUCGUCCUGAGGACGCGGACAAUGUCAUGCAAGCUUUGGGUCCUGCUGGCGAAGAACAGGUGGCGAAGCUUGAUCAACUGAAUCUCAUUGACGAUGAUAUGGCCGUGGACAAUACAACUGCAAUGGACAUCGAUACACCGGCGGCACCUGAGCAACAUGAACAACCCACUCAAGAGUCCGUUUUCCAGCAGGAUCCCUCGUCCUCGACACGACGCGACGAUGUCGAAGGAGCUAUCCUCCAGACGACGAACAACCGCUUUCCAGAAAACUCCGUUUUCCCAGAUUCGUCGACAUCAAGGGCUGACAUUGAAAUGGAUGACACCACAGAUCAUGCCGUGGAAAUUGAACUACGGAACUGGCGUGCCACAGAUUACCCUGACGAUGGAGCAGAGCAUAUCUGGCGACUAUAUGAAUCACUGACACAUGACCUCGCAUACGCGUUAUGUGAGCAAUUGCGCCUCAUCUUGGAACCCACACUCGCGACUCGCUUGAAGGGUGAUUAUCGUACUGGCAAGCGGUUGAACAUGAAGAAGAUCAUCUCUUACAUCGCAAGUGAUUAUACCAAGGAUAAAAUCUGGUUGCGUCGGACCAAGCCGAGUCAGCGUGAAUAUCAAGUCUUUAUCGCGCUCGAUGACUCGCGUUCCAUGGCCGAAUCCCAUUCCAUUCAUCUUGCGUAUGAGACUCUCGCCCUGAUCUCCAAAGCUUUGGGUCGUCUUGAGGCUGGUGACAUCGCCAUAGCCAAGUUUGGUGAAACUGUCGAUAUUUUGCAUGGGUUCGACGAGGGACCGUUCACUGAUCAAGCUGGAACCAAAAUCAUGAGCGCCUUCAGAUUCAAGCAAAAGGCCACUGACGUCCUCUCUUUGGUAGACACGAGCUUGAAGGUGCUAGAGAGAGCUCGAGAACGCCGGUCCAUGAGCUCUUCAUCUGCUGCUGACCUCUGGCAGCUGGAGAUCAUCAUUUCAGACGGGAUGUGUCAGGAUCACGAGAAGCUGCGCACUGUGUUGAGAAGGGCGGAAGAGCAACGUGUCAUGAUCGUCUUUAUCAUCCUUGAUUCCUUGCACACGACUGCCGGUGAUUCUUCCACCCAGCAGCAUGGAUCCUCUAUUCUCUUGAUGGACAAGCCAGAGUUUAAGAUGGUUGAUGGUCGGAUGGAGGUACAGCUGCAGAAGUAUCUGGACUCUUUUCCCUUUGAGUAUUAUGUGGUGUUGCGGAACGUGGAGGCCCUCCCUGAGGUGUUGUCUGGGACGUUGAAACAGUUCUUUGAGCGGAUUUCGGAGGAGUGAGAAGGCUGUCUGUAUUUUUUUCUUGAUGGACGAUAUCUGGAUGUGAUGUAACUUGUAUAGAGCGUGACAAAUAUAAUAUCACUACGAAUGG